AGAAAUUAGAAGCUACUGAGGAACUGUGGCAGUGGCAGUUGAUUGUCAUGUUUUGGCCUGGAUUUGAAAUUGUAUCUCUUAAAUUCAGCCACACCAUUACAUCACAUAACAUGUAAGAAACUAGUGGACCCUAAUAUUAUGGGUGACAUCUUCAUGGUUUCAUUUAUGGAAGGAACAUCUGGUAUCAUCAGACUACAAGAACUACUAGGCAAUGCAAAAGUGGAGAUCCCAACAAAUAGAUCUACAAAUCAGCCUCUUAUUUAUCUUCUUGUGGACAAUCAUAUUAAAUGGAUCAAAGUGCCGAUUCCGACACUGUGAAAAAGCCAUUGGCAGUGACAGCGUGUGCUCAUUAUGGAGAGAGGGAAGAUGUCCCCAUCAACUGUGCAAAUUUAGACAUAUGGAAAUACAGCAAAAAUACAACAGCAUCUCAUGUUUCUGGGAAACACAGCCUUUGGGCUGCAUAAGAAUCAGCUGCGUCUUCCAUCACAGGAAACCUCGUAAUAUAAAUGGACUCUUUUUGCCACCAAGCUGUGAUUCCACAUUGCAAAGGGAAGUGCAGGAGGGGAAUUUGCAUGAAGUUCAAAAUCAAGAUUCCACAAAAAGUCAAGAAAAUACAUUAAGACCUAUUCAUCCUCCACUGAUUAUCACCAUAAAUCUUGAGGAAGAGGAAGAAGAGGAACAGGAGGAUGAAUAUGCAUCUUAUUUAUUAUCAAAGACACCAGAAGAUAUAGAAGAAGAAAAGACUAUAAAGGAGAUAUGUUAUAAAUCUGGAGAAUACUACAGAAUUCAGACUUCACAGGAAAACCACUUAACAAAAAUCAUACCUUCAGUUCUGAAGAAUGAGUUCUUGAAACCCAUGGAAACUGGCAGAGAUUUACAAGAAGGUGAUAGUAUUGCAGUUCCAUCAAAAUUUAAUACAGAAAGGCAAACAGAGAUAGUGACAUCUUUAGACAAUAGUGCUAGAUCUGAUCUUAGUGCCUUUGAAAAUGGAGGAGGCGAUUGUUAUUUGCCACAAAGAAGUAUUCUUGUUGGAGGGAUACAAAGCAAAGUGUUCAGCGGAGAUAAAGGAUUUCCCAUACUGAGGUGUUCAAACUCUAAAGCUACAGGCUAUACAGAAAGCAUAAAGAAGCAUAAUUUUAAAGGAGUCAAAAAAAAGAAAUGGACAUCUGAGGAGUCAAAAAACCUGUCUAUCCCACUGACAGCAAAAGCAAUGCAUACUUCAAACCCUAAAGGUAAAGGGAAUUUCCAACAAAAUGAUCAAAGCAAGAAUGCUGAGAAUGCUUCUUAUGUUCCUUCCCAGAGAGCCAAUGGGAGAAGCAUUUCCUUGAGUUCUUCAGUGGUUGGAAGGUCACCAAACAUGACCUACAGUAAAGCUGGUAUGACCAAAGAAGCCAAGAGGAAUUUACCUACAGAGAGAAGUACUUCAGUAUAUAAUAUACCAGCUUGGAGAAGAAGAAGUUCACAUACAAAAGUUUGUAUUAAAGCUGAGAAAAUGUAUUCAGAGCCCAGAAGAAAUGGAAGCAGAUAAAAAUGGGGGCAGAUGUGAAGGAAAGGAAAUUGGAAAAAAUGAAGUCAUAUGAUACUUGUCCUAUGGUUUACCAUCAAAAGAGGACAAGUGCAUAUUAUAAUGAAACAGUUAUCAAGAAACUCAGCCACAUGCACAGAGGGGACAAAUAAUAAAACUAAAGCACUGGAAAUGCAGACAUGUGUGUUAGAACAUAAACAUUAAAAUAUGUAGAUAAGGCAUGCACUGAAUGAGACUUUUUUU